ACUCCAAAAUUAUUUUUUAAAUUGUCAUACAUACAUAAAUUACAUACCCCGAAAAAUUUUAUUUAUAUACCGCUAUUUGCAAAAAUGGGCGAAGUCAGUGAGCUAAAUAAUGAAUUCGAUUGCUUGCUGGAGAAACUGGAAUGUAUUCAUCAACAUUUGAAUUUCCGCGAAAAGUCCAUUGUUACCGAAUGGAUAAAAAAGCUAAAGAAGUCGAAUGAAACUUUGGACGAACUGAAACUGCGUUUAGAUUUUAUUGAAUAUUUUAUCAACUGCUGGAAAUGUGGCAUCUUUAGCUCGGAGCCCUUCAAUAAAGUGCCACAGCCGAACACCCCGUUGCACAAGUUGCGAUAUAUGUUGCCACCCGACCACAAAAUUCGCAGUGUUGAUGCAACUUCAGACGAACAACGCAGACUUUAUAUUGAAGAAAUGUUUGAAAGUAUGCCGGACAGGGGCGCCUUUCUCUCCGAUCAACCGGUGCCUCUGGAUGGAACAUUCUUUUUGGUGUUGAUAAAUCAAAAAUAAAUUUUGCACAAACACUAAUUUUAUUUUAUUUCAAAGUAUGUAUACAUAAAUUUAAUUUUAGUCAAAAUGUACAAUACAUAUGUAUGUAAAAUUUAAAAUUGCAACU